CAAUAAACACCACAGAUCUGAACUGUCAUUCUGUGUGGUUUAGUGAGUCACAGAGCUCGAGACAAGGAACUAGUCAGAACCUCUGUACAAUAAUGGAAGACAGGGUAGCUGAGGAAGAAAAAAAAGAGAGGCCGAAAUGGGACAACAAAAUCCAGUAUCUGCUCACGUGUAUCGGAUUUGCCGUAGGAUUAGGAAACGUGUGGAGAUUCCCAUAUCUGUGCCAGAUUUAUGGAGGAGGUGCGUUUCUUAUCCCAUAUCUGAUUGCACUGGUGUUUGAGGGUUUGCCGCUGCUCUAUCUGGAGCUUGCGAUUGGACAGCGUCUACGUAAAGGAAGCAUCGGGGUGUGGAACUCAAUCUCACCGUACCUAGGGGGAGUCGGUGUGGCAUCAAUGGCGGUCUCGUUCCUUGUGGGAAUGUUCUAUAACACCAUCUUGGCUUGGGUUCUGUGGUACUUCUUUAAUUCCUUCCAGGAGCCGUUGCCAUGGUCACAGUGUCCUCUGAAUGAAAACCAGACAGAGUAUGUGUUCGAGUGUAUUGAGGGAACACCGGUAAAUUAUUACUGGUAUCGACAGACACUGAACAUCACACCAGACAUCGCGUCCAGUGGCUCACUGCAGUGGUGGCUGGUGCUGUGUGUUGCUACAGCAUGGUCCAUCGUCUACAUUUGCUUCAUCCGCGGCAUAGAGACCAUCGGAAAGGCAGUGUACGUAACAGCUACAUUUCCUUACAUAGUGUUAACGAUUUUUCUGGUACGAGCUCUCACACUUCCUGGAGCUGCUGAUGGAUUAGAGUACCUAUUCACACCAGAUUGGCAGGUCCUGUUAAAACCACAGGUGUGGUUGGAUGCUGCCACUCAGAUCUUCUUCUCUCUGUCUCUGGCCUUUGGAGGCCUCAUCGCCUUCUCCAGCUACAACCCUGAGAAGAAUAACUGUGAGCGAGACGCCUUGUUAGUGGGCUGCAUUAACAGCGCCACGUCACUCUAUGCCUCCAUUCCCAUUUUCUCCAUUCUGGGAUUCAAAGCUACAACAAAUUUCAACAACUGCAUCAUGAGUAACAUCCUCAAACUGACCAACGAGUUCAGCAUCUCUGAUCAGAACAUCACCCUGGAGAACUACGAGGACUGGCUCACCUACUUAAACAACUCAUACCCUGUAGAAGUGGAUGGACUGAAGCUGAGACACUGCGAUCUGCAGAGGUUUCUGGAUCAGAGUGCAUCAGGAACUGGUCUGGCCUUCAUCGUGUUCACGGAAGCAGUGACCGAGAUGCCUGCGUCUCAGGUGUGGGCCGUGCUCUUCUUUAUCAUGCUCUUCAGCCUCGGCCUGUCCUCCAUGUUUGGUAAUCUGGAGGGCGUCCUCACGCCGCUGCUCGACCUUAACAUCUUACCUAAGUGGAUUCCAAAAGAACUCUUCACUGCUUUAAUCUGUUUGAUAUCUUUCCUGGUGGCUCUGAUCUUCACCAUGGGUUCAGGAAAUUACUGGCUGGAGAUUUUUAACAGUUAUGUCGGCUCUGUCCCGCUCCUCAUCAUCGCCUUCUUUGAAAUCAUUGCUGUGGUGGUCUUCUACGGAAUGGGACGGUUCAGUGAGGACAUCGAGUUCAUGACAGGACGAAAGCCGAAUAUAUUCUGGCGCGUGUGCUGGAUGGGAAUCAGUCCUGUGAUGCUGUUGGUGGUGCUGGUGGCAUACGUGAUUGUGCAGGUGCAGGUGCACCCCGAAUACCCAGCCUGGAACCCACAAUAUCCUCAGUUCCCUGAAGCAGAGAUGAAGCCGUAUCCUGACUGGGUCUUUGCGAUCUGUGUGCUGCUCUCGGCUCUGCCGGUGCUCCCCAUCCCAAUCGUAGCUCUCUAUCACCUAAUCAGACGUCUCACGCACACUCACAACCAAACACACUCUCUGUCACACACACAACCCAAGAACCCCUACAACAAUGGAGCUUACAUCCCAGACGAAUAAACCUGCAGACAGCAACAACACCUACAGUUUCUUCUUCCCUGUCGUUUGUGCUGAUAACCAGUCGUAUUGUUAAUGGUGUUACUGUGUGAGGCUACAUUAGGCUACAUAAUACUGUGUGAGGCUAAUGUAUUGUUAAUGGUGUUACUGUGCGAGGCUACAUUAGGCUACAUAAUACUGUGUGAGGCUACAUUAGGCUACAUGAUACUGUGAGGCUACAUUAGGCUACAUGAUACUGUGAGGCUACAUUAGGCUACAUGAUACUGUGAGGCUACAUUAGGCUACAUGAUACUGUGAGGCUACAUGAUACUGUGUGAGGCUACAUUAGGCUACAUGAUACUGUGAGGCUACAUUAGCAGUUAUAAAGGCGAUGAAGUAUAACCAAGCCGAAUCCUAGGUGACCGUCACACAGUCUGAGGUCUGGGGAACAGUUAGAACACAGAGAGGAAAAAAAAGUAGAAACAAAUGAAGAAUGUUCUGAAAUGAUGGUGAUGGAAUAAUUAGUUAAUUAAUUAUCAGCACAAGCCUCUUAUUAUUAUUACACCAGACUGUUUAUAUUGAAAACAUGUCUGUUCACGUUUCUUUUAUUAUGUGUCUCUCAUGUUAAAGACUGUUUCCUGAUAUUUAAAUAAAUAAAUGAGAUGAAA